ACUUGAACGCAGCAGAGGUCCUCCUCUGUUAGUUAAUGCUGUGGCUUUUAAUCCUCUUUGACAGUUGGGGAGAGCUGGCCCAAGUGGACGCUGGAUCGGUUCAAUUACCAGAGUUUAACUUUAAGAACAUAAAGUUUGAAAUGUUUCACAUGGAACUAAACAGCGCGGCUCCUGAACACGACCGCUCCGGUUAAGUUUCUGGAAGAGAACCGCUGGACAGCUGCGACGUCCACCCGCCCGCAGAGACAUGGCUGCGGUCUCCUCUGACUCCCUGUCCGACUGAGGAUGGAAAGGUGUGUGCGCAUAACCCCGAACUCGCUCGCCCUGGUGCUGUCACGGGCUGGCCGAGAAGAAGCCCGAGAGGACACCGCAUCCUCCUCGCCCGCAAAGCCGCAGCAUCACAGCGGGUACGAGGUCUUCGCGAGCUUCAAAGCCGCUAACAUGCGACACUUCUGGAACAAGGCGCUGGUGCACGCGCUCGCGGAGGUCUUCUUCCUCGGCUGGAUGGAGGAACAGGUGCUGCUGGUCCGGGGGAGGGAGGCGCACCUGCAGGUCCUCAGGAACGGCUGGAUGAGGAGGACGCUGGAACCUCCACGGGGCUUUGACAUCAAGUGUGUGGGUGAUGUGUCUCCGAUCAGUAUGUCACCCAUCAGCCAGUCGCAGUUCAUUCCGCUGGGGGAAAUCUUGUGCUUGGCCAUUUCUGCUAUGAAUGCUGCCCACAAGCCUGUCAACCAGGAGGCUCUGGUGGAGCACCUUACUGCCAGCUUUCCAGGCGUGCCUACACCUAGCUCAGAGGUUUUGCGACACACUCUGAACAUGCUGGUACGAGAGAGGAAGAUAUACCCAACUCCAGAGGGCUACUUCAUUGUCACACCUCAGACAUACUUCAUCACUCCCUCCCUAAUCAGAACAAACAACAAAUGGUAUCAUCUGGAGGAUCGCCUACCAGACCGUCAGCAGCAGCAGCAGACGCAACCUCAGCAUUGCACUUCACCUCAAUCUGGCAGCGUCACACCAUCCACACCUGGCUGCCUAAGAGAAAGGCCUCCUCGCAAGAAUCACAGUGACUCAUACAAUUCUUAUCGGGAAGACUCGUCCAGACUGCAUGCCCCUGUGCUCCAGAAUAAGCCACCCAAGGAACACAAAGGGGAAUCUGGUCAAAAUAAGCCACCCAAGGAUCACAAUGGCGGUGAGACUGUACCAAGCACGUCAGCCAAGGAGCACAGAGGAGAGCCACCAUCUUAUCCCCACCCCCCACCUCCCACUUCCCCUCCUGUCCAGCCGUCACCACCUCAAGAUCCAGUUGAUAAAAGCAAAAGCAUCACUUCUUUCCAAUAUAAAACUGACACUCUAACCAAAAAGAAAGAAGGAAGUGGUGGUGGUGGGGGAACUGGCGAGAAGCAAUCUAAAAGAUUUGGACUCAGGCUUUUCAGACUGAGUUUCAAGAAGGACAAAAUGAAACAGUUGGCAACCUUCUCAGCCCAAUUCCCACCAGAGGAAUGGCCACUCCGUGACGAGGAUGUACCAACCACACCCAUUCCCCGUGAGGUUGAAAUGGAAAUAAUUCGCAGAAUCAAUCCUGACCUAACAGUGGAGAAUGUUGCAAGGCACACAGCAGUGAUGAAGAGGUUGGAGGAGGAGCGUACUCAGAAGAACAAAGCAGGGUCCUCUGCCCAGCACAGUGCACGCAGCAGAAGGGGCCGGGGCCAUCGGAGGGCCCCACAUGGUAAGUCGCGUUCGCACAGUAAACCCCGUACGUCCAGAGGAGACCCAUCCGAGGGAUCAAACUGGGAUCUUGUCUUCAUGGAAAGGGAUUACCGCUUCUUCAGCCACUCAUUAGUUCGCUCGCCUCGGGAGGCUAUGUACACCUUGGAGCGCAGACGAAGUGGAGGAGCUACGUACCUGGUUCACAGCAACCCCAAUAUUACAGAAUCGUACUGUCCUGUAACCCCUGAGUGGGAUGUGUCUGGGGAAUUAGCCAAAAGACGGACAGAGAUGCCCUUUCCUGAGCCUUCACGUGGAACAUGUCAGUCCAGAGUGCAAAGAAGUCACAGUCACAAUCAGGAUAGGAAGUCACGUCACGAUAGAUCAGAUCAGGCUAAAGAAAGAUCUCGGUCCAUGGACAACUCUCUCAAGGGCCCAUCGCUGGGUGCACCUGAAGACUUUGAACCUACUCUGGAGGAGCGUAGUCAUUACUACACUGAUGAUGGUACCUUGCGGGCCACACAGAAGUCCUCACAUUACUCAAGAAUCAUGUUUUCUGCUGCUAAGUUCCACUCCGAUUUUAAUGUGCCUGAUUUGGGAAAAGGGAGUUUGGAUGAUUCAAGGAUCCGGAGUACAAUAGAAAGGAACAAAAGCAGAGACAGCUUGCCUACAUACAAUGAGUUAAUGGGACUUUCUCCAAAGCCCUCAACAGAUGAGUACUUCCAGUGCAAUACAUCAAAUGAAACAAUCCUUACUGCCCCUUCGCCUCAGGCAAAAUCUGAAUAUGACACAUUAACCUCAUCAGGGGGACUCCGAAAGGGCUCUCCAGCUGACCGGCAAACUCCUCACCUUACCUCUCCUCAUACGAUGGAGUACAAAGAGGAGUUGUCAGCAGUGAAGGGACAGAGUGGCUCUGCACGGCUGACGCCAAGCCAGACACCGGAGCCAGCUCAAACUGCCCGUUUGACGCCACACCAACACAACGUGGAUCCUGGAGGGGGAGGAGGCAGUUUGGUGAUCAAGAGGAAAGAGAUCUUCAGCAAGGACACUUUGUUCAAACCUCCACAUAAUGCCUUGUCCACUGGCUACGUGGACAGCAGCUACACCAAGUCUGGCACAUUGCGGAAAGCCUCACAUGCCAAAUCAACAGAGGCCGUUGACAAUCCUGAGCCCCAGCAGCCUUCCAAUUCAAACACUUCCUCAACGUCACCUGCAGUCUUACAGAGCUGCUUAGAGCCAACAGUCCCCUCCGCCUCCUUUGACUAUUAUAAUGUAUCAGACGAUGAUGAUGAAGAAGAGGCAGAGGACGACUCGCACAAAGAGCUGGUGACGGCCGAGGACAGCAAAGACCAUGGGGAAGGGGGCGGUAAUAGUGGAGUCAGCGGUGGUGGUGGGGAGGGAACCAUGCAGUGGCUGCUGGAACGGGAUAAGGACCGUGAUCUGCAGCGGAAACUGGAGACCAACCUGACCCUUCUCAGUCCCAAAGAGACUGAGAACAGCAACAGCCAGAAGUCAGCCCACUCUGCCCGAUUGGACAGCAUGGACAGCAGCAGUGUGACGGUGGACAGUGGAUUUAACUCCCCCAGAACACGGGAAAGCCUUGCAUCCAACACAUCCAGCAUUGUGGAAAGCAAUAGACGGCAGAAUCCAGCGCUGAGCCCAGGCCACAUUGGCACUAGCAGUAUAGGACUGCCAUUCAGCUUUCGCGCCAUCCCGGAGCCGCCCACCACACAGCCUGAGAAACUCCAGAAAUCAUCGAACUGCCUGGCCUCCAUCACCAGCGUCUGACAAGCAGGGCAGACUGUGACAGUGGAGGUGAUGGAGUAGAGACGAGAGGCGGUCCGCCGUAUUCGUCUCUUGCUUUCUUCAGACAGAACAUACAUGAAAACUCUGUCUCUCACACACACUCACACAUCUUCAGACUCCUGAAGAUCCAUUUAAUGGGACUGUUAUGAAAACAGGCAUGGCUUCAAGAGACUGUUCCUGCAGCAUCAAGAACUUACCUGCAAAAAGGAGAAGAACAGAUUAUCAAGGCCGCAGUAGGAGCAGAAACCUACCUGAAGUACUUUGAUUUUGGUGACAUGGACUAUAGUUUGGCUUAUAUCAAGAUUCUUGAUUACUGGUAUUGGAAAGUAGUAGACUAUAGGUUUCAAGUUACAUUUGGAAAUAUCAAAAAAAAACUUUUUAUAUGGCUUAACAAUACAUGUCCAAUUAAAUGUUCUCCUUCCUGAAAUAGCGUUAAGUUCUUCAGGACGAUUUAAUGUAUCCGCACAAUGUCAAGAUAAUAGAAACUGAUCCUGAGAACAACGAAUGAAAGAUAUAAAACAUAAAUCAGCUCAGAUUUGUGUACCACAAUGCAAAUUAUGUAUGUAUACUCGAUACUUUUGAUAUCCUAAUUAUUAUAAUGGUGGUAUUAAAGAUGCUAUGUGACCAAGGUGAUGGUUUUAUGAACAAAAUACAUCUCACAUACCAAGAAUUAAGAUACGAGGAGUUUUAUAGUAAGACCACAUUUUAAAGUCAUCUGUUUGCAUUUUAAGGUUUUGUUUAAUUUAAGAGGUAUUUAAAUUUAGUAAAAAAAACAUAAUUCUUGAAAACUUUCAUGCUUCCUUUCAUGAAGGAUUGUGGGAUCUGUUGGCUGAAACUGAAUGAUAACCGAAGAACAGACCAAUGAAAACCCAAAAUGGAACAGCUGAAAUGUCCAAACCAAGCUUAUGAAAGCCCCAAAUGACUACAAUUAAAUUAGAUUCAUUUAAAAAAGACAAAGACAUAAAAGUUAUGUCACAUUCUGCACGCUUUUUACCAAAAAGGUUGCUACAAAGACUUAAUUCUCACUUUUUUUUUUUUUUUUCAGAUGACACAUUUCCAACUUAACUGCAUUUAAAACAAGUAAAUUGAACUCUGCGGUGUCCCUGUUCUUUCAUUCUUGUGUUUGCUUACUUUUCAUGACAGAAAUACACAAAUAAAAGAUGAGUUAGGGAUUUACGAGUUGGAAAAGUAGAUAAAUUAAGGAAUUAUGGGAAUGUUUAGUGUUUUUCCAAAGGAAAGUUUUUAUUAUUGACGAGGGUCAUUAUAAAAGCUGUUCCAAUCCUCCAAACAUUUUUCCUAUAAGCCAUUGUUUAAAAAAGGUAAUGAUUUAUUGUACGUGUCUGUAACAGUAAACAUUGUGAAUGUUCACCUGAUUACAGAUUCAAAAAGAAAAAGGACACCUGACAUCAUGAAGAAGCAGCUUGUGAAACCUAUCAUUUUGUAUAUUUUUGUUUAUUUACCUAAAUUGAUAAUAAAGUAGUAUUUUACAUUA